GCCAUCUUUAUAAACAAAACUGAGGUUAGGGGAGCACCACGGGGAAUCUUUCAACAAUAUCUCUUCUCUGUCUUAUUGGUGAUGGCAGAGAAAUGGGACGACAGAGCGAACGACUCCCCAGAGGUUGUGUAUGACGGGUUCUCCCCCACCACCACUCAACCCCAAGGUCUCCCCCCUUCCACCACCCCAUCCCAGGCCCUCCCUCCACCCCACCCAGCCUUUGUGGGGGAGGGGGAUGGCACUGUGUCACUCGGGGGGCCUUCAGGGCCUGCCUCCUUCAUCACUGAUACACAGAGGGAUAACAACUUACAACCACCACCACCAUCACUACAGCAACAACAACUACAACAGCAGCAGGAUGGGGAGGUAGCAGCAGUAGCAGACAGGGGGCAGCUGUGUUUCGUAUGCUGUGGCUCUGUGGCAGACAGCAACUACAAGAGUGUGAGGUCAUCCAUGAACCACUCCCAUGCCCCACUGCUGGUACUGCUAACAGAGGUGCUGGGCUACAAGCUGGACACAGGGCAGCUACACUCAGAGGUGGUGUGUAAGAACUGUUACCGGCUCUUGGAUAUCAUUGACGAGCUGCACCAAACACUAACUGAAUCCAAGACUGACGUGAGGACCAAGUUUCUCGAGACUAUCCAGCGCCUGAGACUCAAGUACCCACGGACAGACAAGAUGCUGAAGCCGAGGUGCCUGCGGUGUGUGCAGAUGUCCCAGUCCUCUGCUAGGCGCCGGGGCCGGGGCCGGGGCUGGAAGGGCCGCGUGGAGGACACAAGGGGCCGUGGCAAGGGUGGCAGGGGCAGGGGCAGAGGUGCAACUAGAACAGAAGAUGGGAAUGACCUUGGCAGUGAUAAUGAUCUGGAGGGCGGCAGAGAUUCAAGGGAUGGCUUGUGCAAGGUUCCACCACCACCAAACCACCACAACCACCACUACCGUCACUCACCACAUCAUGGCAUCACCACAAGAGGACAUAUGGGCUUUCCUCAUGGAGAUAGACGGGACCAAACAGAAGCAAAUGGAUGGGUUAUGGUGGAUGGUUUGGAUGGUGUGGCUAAUGUGGAAGAAGACUUUACCUAUGGCAGUGGAGAUGGGGAAUUUGACACCCUGGAAGAAGAGGAGGAAGAACGGUAUUACGACAACAUGUAUCUUGAUUUCUACGAGUGCCACGGAGUCAGAGCCAGAGGACUGCGUUUGUUGUGCGAGGUUUGCAUGGGCCACCUCGGCACUCUGCUUCCCCCGGCUGGGCCUCAGAACACUAAUGGAUGCUGUGCUGUGGAGGUGACACUACACAAGCCCCCAGGAGAAGGGUUGUGGGUAUGGAGUCGAGGUGUGAAGCUAGAAUCUGUUAAUCCACCUUCUGACACGGGAACAAAGGCAGUGAAGACAUGCAGCAGCGUUGGUCUCAUGAACGGUGAUGCAGUCAUUAAUGCUGCAAUGUCUUGUGCGACUCACACAGCACCCCAAGUCAGCUCCAGUGAUGCUGUUAUGCUGCAUACAAUGUCCAGUGAACCAUCAAAUUCUAGUAGCGAGGUUAUGCUGAGCCGAACCUCCAGCAGCAUCAGUUCAGGUGCUACCAUGCUUCCAGUAUGUUCCAGGGACAGGACAUUGUCACUUCCAGUAUCUACCAGUACUCCUGAGUCCCUCAUCUCUAUAAACAGCCCUCUUCCAGCCUUCCCAGUGUCUCUCAGUGAUGUUAUGUUACCAGUCUCCACAGCCAACACAACCACUCUUCCAGUGUCUUCUAUCAGUAGCCUAGAUUGUCUUAUCUCCAUGAAUUAUACAAUGACUAAGUUGCCACUGUCCACGAGCCUGAUCUCCACCAGUAGGAAUGCAGUGGCAUCUGUCAGUGCCAGAGAUACAGUGCCUCAUGUGUCUGGCACUGAUUUGCUCCUUCACUCUCUGGGCCAGGAAGGGAAAGGGAGUGAGAUGGUGAAGGAGUGUGAUGGUAAUGUUAAUGGUGAGGUAAACAUGCCGAGUCCUUCUUCAGAGUCAUUAGUACUGGGAUCUCAUAUUCCUUCCCUCUCCACACCAUCCCCCUCCCUCUCUAUUCCUCCAUCCCUCUCCUCCCCUCCAACAUCACUCUCCACUCCUCCACCUCUCUCAUCUCCACCAUCCCUCAUCCUCUCCUCCCCCACUCCUGCCCUUUCCACUCCCUCACCACUCUCCUCCCCUCCCACUUCCCUCUCCACCCCUCAGACUGUUGUACUGACCACUCCACCACUCUCCACUCCCCCCAUGGCCCUGUCCAGUCACUCUCCCCUCUCUCUGCCUCCUGUGAGCACCACCAGAUUAUCCUAUUUUGACAUGAAGGAUUAUAUGGACACUCCUGUUAGUAAGGAUGUCAUUAUUCCUCCAGUGGUUCCCCCAGUCAACACACAACCACACAGGACUCCACCGCCCACCACCAAAUCUCACAGCCCUUUCAGUCCCCAGCACCUCACUCUCCUCUCCCCAGAUCCUCUCACAGCAAAGCCAGACUCUCACAACUCAAACAUUUCUGAAAAGUUUACACGAAAGAACUUCUCAGUUUCGUCCAGUGUUGAGGUGCAGGUGUCCUCACUACCCAGUGCAGCUGCACCCACAGUUCUCAAGAUGCAGCAUACCCCAGAGGAUUCCAAGGGGCAGAGGAAAGGACAAGACACUGGGACAAGCAAGAAAGCAUCUGAUACAUUCCAAGACCUGCCUCUCGCUGCCCUGGGGAAGAGGCGACGCAAGCCUUCAGAAAAAGCACGGAAUGCCCAGAUUAGCAGGUCCAGUACCCGCCCAGGGAAGUUCCCCAGGACAAAAGUGCCCCAGGAAGAUGCUCAGCAGAGUGGAGACCCAGUGUCCCGGCAGGAGGAGGCACAGUACAAGUUUGUGUGUGAAUACUGCGGCAGGAAGUUUUCAUCAGCAACCGGUUUUCGGUACCACGUGGGGAGUCAUGGCGUGGGUGCAGGAGUCACUUUCACCUGCGACCUGUGCCCCUACACCACACGGCGGGCCAGUGACCUUAAGAAGCACCAAGUGACCCACACAGGGGAGCGGCCACACCGCUGCCCCGUCUGCUCCCAGGAAUUCUCAGUGAACAGUUCAUUCCGACGCCACCUGCGAGUGCACAGUGGCGAGCGGCCCCAUGUGUGCCCCUCCUGCCCCAUGGCCUUCCGCAGCCCUGCCACGCUGCGGCAGCACAUGGUACGCCACACAGGGGCGCGGGACUAUGUGUGCGAGGUGUGCGGCAGCAGCUUCAUCCUGCGCCACCACUACACGCUGCACCGCCGCCUGCACAACGAGGAGCUACCUUUCACCUGCACCCACUGUACCAGUUCCUUCAGGCACCACAGUGCCCUCAGGCAGCACCGCAGGAAGGCACAUCCCAGGGAAGAGGCAGCACGGUUACAACAGACCAAAUUGCGGCACCUGGUGGUGAAGGGCAACCUGCAGGGAACCCCAACACCUGUACCAGUCCCUGCACCCCCACCACCUCCACCACUACCACAUCAUCCCUUUGAGGAGAUCCUUCAGGAGGACUUGGUCAGUGAGGAUUCUGCUGCUUGUGUGGACUCCUGCACCCAAACACUGCCCUCGCCAUCAUCACCAUCAUCGUCUAUCACACAGGGCAAGGCCAAGGGCCAGAAGGACACCCCCAUAGUCCUCACCAUCAGUACCCUUGGCACCACAUCCCACACAGGACACACCAAGAUGCAGGAACUGCCCAAGGACUCCAAGGAUACCAUUGGCUUGCAAGAAAAGGACACUUGUGCAAACCCAGAUUUCUCAUAUCCUACAAUUGAGAUCCUGCCUGAUCCUAUUGCAGAGUCCUUAAGCAUUCCUGAGAAAUAUUUGGUGGUGAAGGAGGAGGAGGUGGUAGGAGGGAAUGGUGAUUUCUCUUCCUCCUCCUCCUCCUCCACCAGUUCCAGCAUUCCCUCUCAGGUGUAUAUUGUUUUACCUGAGGCUGACGACUGUGCCUCUCAUCUUUAUAUAGUGAUGGGAGAACACAUCCCUACUUCAUUGUCACAAUAAAUGGCCUUGGUUUAAUUCAUUAUCAUUGUUUAUUGAUAGUGAUUUUUAUUGUCAUUAUAAUUUUUUCCAUUACUGUUAUUGUCAGUGUCAUUAUAUUUAUUAUUAUUAUUAUUAUUAUCUCUGCAUUUUGUCUUUUCACUAUCAUUAGUGUUAUCUUGUUUAUUAAAAUUUUCUUUCUUAUCACCAACAUUUUCAUGGUUGUGUUGAUAGUGACCAUAUUAUUUUUAUUCCACAUUUAUUAUUACCAUCAGCAUUAUUAUCAUUACCAUCAGUAAUUUCAUUUCAUCACCUCAGUGUUAUAAUCUCAAUCAUUACAAUUUUUCACCUUAUUUUACUCGUACAAUCAUAUUUAUUAUCACUAUUCACCAUCUCAUUAUCAUUAUUCAGUUAUUGUCACCCUCACCACCAUCCUCGCUACCACUAUUAUCGUCACUCACUGGUGUUUGUACUUGCAUGUGUGUCAUAGAGAGUUAAGUGUGUUUGUCAGUGUGUAAUGUGUGUCUAAAGUGUGUAGUCUAGUCUCUGUACCAAGCUGUGAUAUGUGAGUAUUUGUAGUGAUUCUUCCAGUAAAUGUCUUGAGAUG